AUGAGGUACAAAUGGUUUCGCGAGGACGCUGUCGCUCUCGCUACACCCAUUAAUGGACCAAGUAAACAGUCAAGAUGCGCUCCUCUCCCAUACAAGCAUAUUACACCUUACUGCUAUCCACUUUGGUCUACGGCAAGAUUGAUAGGCAAGUGCAACAAUUCUAUUUUGGUUCAGGACUCUGACGCGAGCAGGCAUUCAAUAGUCUCGCAGUUCAACAUCGUCCGAACCAACCUCAUCGACAAUGAGACGACACCUCUCCAGGUCGGCAACGGCAACUUUGCGUACAACGUUGAUACCACAGGAAUGCAGACAUACUUGCCUUUCAAUACAUUAUCUAGCUGGGCCUGGCACAAUGACUCACUUCCUGCGAACGGGGAGCUACCUUCUGAUUACAAAGGCGUCAUGCGCGAGACAUAUGGACGCGAAGUCUACUACGACAUCCCAGAUCCCAAGCUAAAGCAGGCAACUCAAUGGCUAAUCAGCAAUCCAAACCGACUGAACCUGGGCCGCAUUGGCCUCCGCUACCAAGGAAGUACACUCAACGAAUCAUUCAUCACCGAGUCAAGGCAAGAAUUGGAGUUGUGGGAUGGCACAAUCACAUCCAAUUUCAAGGUUGACGGCGAAGAUGUGAAGGUGGUGACCCAGGGCGACUUCGAAUCCGAUGCUGUUGCCUUUACAAUCGAGUCGAAUCUUAUUAAGAGUGGCGCUUUGCAGGUCGAGUUGGAUUUCCCGUAUCCACCUAUACAUACCACGCAGUAUAAAUACGAAGUCUUUGCAGGUGUAUACGACUUUCCUCUCAACCACAGCACUACGCUAUUGGAAGACGGAAGCGAUCGCACAUCGGCGCAUAUCCAGCAUGAUUUGCAAGAAGUGCGAUAUUUUGCCAACUUGCGAUGGCCAAAAGAAUCAUCACUCAAGCUGACCCGAAACGAGCCUCCGAACUCAACUUCCAUUACAGCACACCGCUACACCUUGAGUACAAGUUCCGCUGAUUCUUCGAUCGGUUUCACUGCCCAGUUCUCACCCGACCAACGUGUGCCGAGCCUGCCCGCAAAGAUCUCGGAUAAGAAUGUGCGGGGCUGGAAUAAGUACUGGAAAGAGGGCGGCUUCGUUGAUCUAACUGCAUCUUCCAACCCGAACGCGACCGAGCUCCAGCGUCGUAUCAUCAAGUCGCAGUACCACGUCCGCGUAAAUAGCGCAGCCAAGGGUCAAUCGCCGCAAGAAAGUGGGCUGAUGAACAAUGGCUGGUAUGGCAAGUUUCACAUGGAGAUGUUGAUUUGGCAUAACGCGCACUGGGCCACAUGGGGUCGCCAGGAGUAUUUUGACGACAUCUUCCCAGAGCUAUACGAGACUCUUCUUCCCUCAUCUCUGGCUCGCGCACAAUACAUGGGCUGGGAAGGUGCGCGAUGGCCAAAGAUGACGGAGCUCGAAACUGGCGUCAGCUCACCAGGCGACGUCAACGCCCAGCUGAUAUGGCAGCAACCUCACCCGUUCUAUCUCGCGAACUUGGCAUUUCAGGCGAGCCCUACAAGAGAAACUCUUCAGAAGUGGGACAAGGUACUCACUGCUACUGCAGACUACAUGGCAUCUUAUCCCGGCCUUAAUGCAACCACUGGAAAGUACGACCUCGGUCCGCCAACCUACGGUGUGACUGAAAACACACCACCAAACUCUACUCGCAACCUAGCAUACGAGAUCGCAUACUGGCGCUACGGUCUAGAUGCCGCCGCAGAAUGGAAGCGCAAACUGCACCAACCUGUUCCUGAGAAAUGGAUGCACGUUGCCGCAAACCUGGCUUUACCACCUAAAAUCGAUGGCUUGUACACUGUAUACGAUGGACUCAACAGCUCUUGGUGGGCGGACCUAAAGCUCACCGGCGAUCCCCGCAGCCUCAUUAUGAUGCAAGGUAUCCUCCCCGAUACGCCCGCCGUAGACCCCGAAGUCGCGCUUCGCACCGCCGACAAAGUCUGGGAAGUAUGGGGCGAUGACAAGAUUCGAGGUUGGGGACGUCCUGUCCUCGCUAUCAACAGUGCGCGGAUUGGCAACCCCGAGCGUGCGAUUUACCAUCUUACUGCGUAUGAUUAUUGGAAGUUUGAUGAUGCAGGGUUUGCGAUUCGAGGCGGAGAUGGUGGUACCCCGCCGCCGUUCAUGCCUGGUAAUGCGGGCUUCCUGUAUGCGAUUGCGUACUGUGCGGCGGGCUGGAAGGGAUCAGAAGGCGAUGCACCAGGCUUUCCCAAGGACGGCAGUUGGACUGUGAAGCAUGAGGGGUUGAUGAAGGCGUUAUAA